AACGCUGAAGCAGGCACUCCUGUUCCACCCUAAAGCAAGGGAGGAGAAGUUCAACUGCAUUCCUGCCACCAACAGUCCUGCUGCUAUCAAUAAAGCAGCUGUUGCAGCUGCUACCACCGAUCAGGUUUAAGGGAAAAAUCUGCACUUUUCGUGUAUGUGUGCGUGUGCGUUAGGGAAGGAGGUCAGAGUGCAAGCUCGGUGAGGAGUGUGUGUUGAUGUUCUCCUGCUUUCAUGUCUGCUUUCAGAAAACGUCAGGGAGGCGGAGUUGUGUGAUCAAAUAAAACAAGACCAGACGUCCAAGAAGAGCAUCAAAUGAAAGCAGGUACAUCACGAUGUCUUCUCUGAAGCAGCAGCAGGACAGCAUCUCCAGCGUGGCAGAGUCAAUGGGCCCAGAGUCGUGGUCCAAGGUUAGCUGUCCAUGUUGUGUGUCAUCUGAGGUGGAGCCGCUGGUUCUGAUUCAACUGGGUGAGAAUGUGAAGUCCAACACCAAGCAGUGGAUCAUGUCCAUGAUCUCAGCACCUAAUAAGAAAGGAGGGGCACACCUACUCGUACACCCUGGUGAAGAUGCCAGCUGGGGUCGGAUUGUGGUUGCGGCACCUCGCUGUACCUUACUCAGGGUCACAGAAGAACUGGGACUCUGCAAAGCUGACAAAGAGGGCAAUAUGGUCUUGUUUUCCUUUCAUGAUCGCAACAACUUUAAUAACAUCAAUGACAUGCAGAAGUUCCUGACUCUGGCUGAGAGACAGUACAUCGUCCAACAUGAGCUGGAGUCCAUGAGAGCCGUGCAAGACCGGUGCAUUCCUGGACUACCUGGAGACAAGGGCGUUCUUAAAUCCAGACAAAACAUAUUUCAGAAGCUGCAGAAGGCAGGAGUGAUCCAGGAUGUUUUCCCCCUGUGUGAUGAAAAGGAGCUAAAGGCUCUUGGCAAAGAGUGGUAUUUAAAGAAACGCUUGUGGGGACAGCCUUUAGAUUCCAUUCAUGCUUACUUUGGUGGCUCCAUUGCUUUCUACUUCAGCUUCUUAGACUUCUACACAUGGGCUUUGGUACCUCCAGCAAUUCUGGGCUUUUACAUAACCUUCUUCCUUCCUGGAGCCCUGCCCCCUGAUGGACCGAAAGCAGACAAUUCAACCCCUGGCCCGGAUUCCUUAGAUGUUGGCGACAACCAUCUGGCUAUGAGUGCCCACAUGGUGCAGGCUGUGUUCAGCAUGAUCUGGUCGACUGUGUUCAUAGAGCUAUGGAAGAGACGAAGUGCUGCGCUGUCAUACCGCUGGGGGGCACUGACACUAACUGAGCAGUUCCAGGAACCACGGCCUGGUUUCCAGGGCGAGUUGGGUAUCAGUCCUGUGACGGGCAGAACAGAACCACUCUUCCCCGAUUGGCAGAGACAGUUGCGGGUGGGCCUGGUCUCUGUGCCUGUGGUCGGACUUUUCCUUGGAUUUGUUGUUCUCGGCAUGGUGGGAUUUUAUUACUGUGAAAGCACCAUGGCUUCAAUUCACAAGGCUUCUGGAUCCAUUAUAACGGCUACUUUGUCCUACCUGCCCUCCAUCAUUCAUAUUGUCUACACCAAUGUGCUGGGGAACACCUACCGCUUUGUUGCACUGAAGCUCACUGAGUGGGAGAACCACAGAGAAGAAUCGGCUUUUCAGAAUCAUCACACCACUAAAGUUCUGGUGUUCACCUUUUUCAACAACUUUGCUGUGCUGUUCCACAUUGCCAUCUUCAAACAGGACCUGCUUCUCCUACACAAGAGGCUGUCAUCGCUGCUGAUCUUGACUCAGCUGGUGAACCAGUUCACGGAGGUGGUGGUGCCGUAUGUAGUAGAUCGUUUCUACAGCUCUUCACAGAAGGAGCUGAAGGAGGACGACCCAGCUGCUGAUCACAUGCAGGCCGAAGGCAGUCUGCCCCCGUUUCCUGGUCUGUUUCUGGAGUACAUUGAGCUGCUGGUGCAGUUUGGUUAUCUGAGUCUCUUCUCAUGUGUGUAUCCACUCACGGCCGUGCUUCUGCUAAUUAACAAUAUCACAGAGAUACGCGGUGAUGCGUUUAAGAUCUGCUGCCUCUUCCGAAAGCCUUUCUCUCGACCCGAGGCCAGCAUAGGCGUUUGGCAGACAGCAUUUGAGGUGUUGGCGUUUUUCUCGGUCAUGUCAAACUGCUGGCUGCUGUUUUUAGCUCCACGACUAAAAAUGUUCACUCAGGACACCGGACUAAACCCGAGCACUGUGCUGAUCUUCAUCAUCAUGGUGGAGCACAUUCUGAUUGUGGUGAAAAUGAUUCUGGCCUUUGUUAUUCCUGAUGAACCAGACUGGGUCCAAAUCAAGAGGCAACAGAUUGAAUAUCACACCAUGAUGGCCUUCAAAGAACAGUCUGGAGCAGAAACACCACAACUAUAAUCCCCGCUAUAUCAUCACUUGGUCCUGCCACUCAGAACGUGAAGCAUUCCCAGACUGCUGAGCUCCCUCAUUCAUAACCCUGAGAGGGAGGGAAACGGACACAGAGGUGUGGCAGCAGCCAGCAAGUUCAUGAGACCAUCACCACCUUUAAUGAUUAAUAACUUCUCAUUAUGCUCUGUUGCACCGUGAGUUACAGGGGUGCCAAAUGGUGCCUGACUGCUUGGGGGAAAUUUGGACCAGUCUAAACAACUGGACUCUGUGUUUCCCCCUAGAGGACUGCUGUAGUAUUGAACAAAGGCUUUUUAAAGAUGUGGUAUAUAAAAAAACAGCGCAGAAUAUAGAAGUUAGUGAGCUAAAAGGGCAAUGUAAGGUACAUGCUAAGUUAAUUUGCUAGCUCACUCACCCACCCUGACACCUGUAGGCUAAUUGGCCUGUUAGUUGGUAGCCUCUUACGAGGCUGUCUGCAUCUAUCUUGAGCAUGCUUCAUCCACCACCGGCUUGCUAGGCCUGUCAUGGUGCUAGCUCACUAACCCAUAUGUCUGUGUUUGGCGCAAGCAUACAUAUGCCCAGGCGUGGUAUUUUAAAUAUUUUCUAAUACGUCUUAUGACAGAAUUGCACAUAUGUAAUACAUCAUGCUUAGACUGGUUGUCAAACAGCAUAUAAAUCAUACACAUUCAUGAAUGUCAUUACGUUGUGUCUCAAACCACGUCCUAUGACCUCAUAUAUACGUAUUUAGUGUUGAUUUGUAUAUAGAAUGCCUUGUUAAAUGAGUGGUUUGAUAAAUUUAACCAUUCUGUACUUGAUAAAAUAUUAAAUUGCACAUGAUGUUAAAAAAAAACCCAAAAGUGUCAGGCUAGAACACUUUUAUUUAGCAACAAAUUCUCAUUCCGUUCCAUAUUGGUUUUGUCUAUCUGCUACCAGCCCCUUCCCUUCUGUUUUAUGGUGCAUGAUAAAGUAGGUUAAUGUAAAAAGUAUACAUUACUCUUCACUUCAUUUGUUCAGCAAAUACAGUCCGACUUCUGACUAAUUUUACUGUACUAUUUUUUUAUAUUUCUCAGUGUAAACACACUAUUCACUUAUAGUAAAAAAAAAAAAAAAAAAAAAAAAAAAAUAUAUAUAUAUAUAUAUAUAUAUACACACACACACACACAUAUAUAUAUAUAUAUAUAUAUAUAUAUAUAUAUAUAUAUAUAUAUAUAUACACACACACACACACACACACACAGUUGCUAUCAGAAAUAUUCAACCCCCUCACCUCAAAAGACAUAGUGAUGUGGAUGAAAGCUUAUGACAAAAAACGUCAUUAAACAAACAACAAAAAAAAGAUUGAUACAUAUUUGAGUUAUUUUUACAACAGAAGUUGACUUAACUUUGAAGUUCAAAUGAAAAUGUAAAUCUUUCUUUGAACACAAGUGCACUAUUAUUCAACCCCCAGCUUCAGUACUUUGUGGAGCAUCCUUUAGCUUUUAUAACUUCUAACAAACAUUUUCGGUAAGUGCUGACAAGCUUCUUACACCUCUCGAUUGGAAUCUUUGCCCGUUCUUCACGUGCAAAAGCCUCGAGCUCGGUGAUGUUUGAUGGCUUCUGUGCUGCAACUGCCUUCUUUAAAUUCCACUGAAGAUUUUCAAUCGGAUUUAAAUCUGGUGACUGAGAAGGCCACUCCAGGACGUUCCAGGAUCUUUUUCUCAACCAAGCUUUGGUUGACUUGGAGGUGGGAUCAUUGUCUUGCUGGUUGAUCACCAAGGUUUAAUUUGUCAACAGAAGGCAUCGCGUUCCUCUUGAAAAUUGCCUGGUAUUUCCGGGAAUCCAUGAUGCCAGGUACAUGAUCAAGAUUGCCAGUUCCUGCUGCAGAAAAACAGCUCCACCUCCAUGCUUGACUAUGGGGAUGGUCUUCUUCUGGUCAUAAGCCUGGCCUUUCGUACACCAGACAUACCGCUGGUCCAUAUGUCCAAACAGUUCCAGUUUGGUUUCAUCAGUCCAUAGAACUGUCUCUCAAAACUCUGUAGUCUUAUCCAAAUUCCUCCUGGCAUAUUCUAGUCGACUUUUGAUGUUCCUUGUGGUCAAGAGUAGAGUGUGUCCUGGAGUCCGGCCAUGAAAUCUUUGCUUAUUCAGUGCACGGCUUAUAGUUGCCACUGAAGCACUUGUACCAGCCUUCGUCAUUGUCAUCCUGUAGGCGUCUUGCACUUACAUGGGUUUUUUUCUUAGUUGUCCUGACUAAGUGGCUAAGGGGCCCUUGAUGAAAUUUUGGGUUUUCUUCAACGGCCAGGCAGGUUUGCAGCUGUUUCACAAGUUUUAAACUUCCUUAUAAUGCUUCCAAUGGUGUCUUUUGGAAUGUUAAAUUUUUUGGUAACCUUCUUAUACCCAAGGCCCUUUAGGUGUGAUGAAAUAAUCUCCUCUCUCAGCUUUUGCAGAAGCUCCUUUGUCUUUCCCAUGAUUGCAGCCAACCUUGAAUACUUUCAAGGGUGGGGUUUAUAUAUGCAUCACAAAUGAAGGAUCAUUAUAGAGUUCCCAAAGGCUUAAUUGUGUUUCAACUCCACUUUAGGCCAUAAAAACUGUCAGAAAGCUUUAAAAACAAUAUCAUAUAGGGGUUGAAUAAUUGUGACAUGGCUAUCUUAACAAAAUAUACGGUUACACACAAAUACUACAUCAUGCAUUUUCUGUGUUGAUUUUAUGUAUCACUCAACUCAUAAAGAAGUCAUCCAAAGCAGAAUCUUGCUCUCUGAAAAAAACUUAAUUGAUAAAUCCUUAAAAUCUUUGGGGGGUUGAAUAUUGCUAAUUGUGUGUGUGUGUGUGUGUGUAUAUAUAUAUAUAUAUAUAUAUAUAUAUAUAUAUAUAUAUAUAUAUAACACACACUAGUGCAUCUCAAAAAAUUAGAAUACCAUGAAAAAGUUCCUUUUAUUUCAUAAUUGAAUUCAAAAAGGUAAACUUUCAUAUAUUCUAUAUUCAUUACAUGUAAAGUGAAAUAUUUAAAGCCUUUUUUGUUUUAAUUUUGAUGAUUAUGGCUUAUAGCUCAUGAAAAUCAGGAAUCCAGUAUCUCAGAUUAUUAGAAUAUUCCCUAAGAUCAAUCAAAAAAAGGAUUUACAAUACAGAAAUGUCCAACUUCUGAAAAGUAUAUUCAUUUAUACACUCAAUGCUUGGUUGGGGCUCCUUUACCAUGAAUUACUGUAUCAAUGCGGUGUGGCAUGGAGGUGAUCAGUCUGUGGCACUGCUGAGGUGUUAUUGAAGCCCAGGUUGCUCUGAUAGUGGCCUUCAGCAUAUCUGUAUUUUUGGGUCGGGUGUUUCUCAUCUUCCUCUUGACAAUACCCCAUAAAUUCUCUAUGGGGUUCAGGUCAGGCAAGUUGGCUGGCCAAUCAAACACAGUAAUAUCAUGGUCAGCAAACCAUUUGGUAGUAGUUUUGGCACUGUGGGUAGGUACUAAGUCCUGCUGGAAAAGGAAAUCAGCAUCUCCAAAAAGCUCGUCAGCAGAUGGAAGCAUGAAGUGCUCUAAAAUCUCCUGGUAGAUGGCUGUGUUGACUUUGGACUUGAUAAAAUACAGUGGACCAACACCAGCAGAUGACAUGGCACCCCAAAUCAUCACAGACUGUGGAAACUUCACACUGGGCUUCAAACACCUUGGAUUCUGUGCCUCUCCACUCUUCCUCCAGACUCUAGAACCGUGAUUUCCAAAUUAAAUGCAAAAUGUACUUUCAUCUGAAAAGAGGACUUUGGACCACUGAGCAACAGUCCAUUUCUUUCUCUCCUUAGCCCAGAUAAGACACUUCUGACAUUGGCUCAGGAGUAGCUUGAUAUUAGGAAUGCAAAAGUUGUAUCCCCUUUCUUGAAGAUGUCUGUUUGUGAUGGGUCUUGAUACACUGACACCAGCCUCAGUCCACUCCUUGUGAAGCUCUCCCAAGUUCUUGAAUCAACUUUUCUUGACAAUCCUCUCAAGACUGCGGCCAUCCCUGUUGCUUGUGCACCUUUUCCGGCCACCCUUUUCAGCAAUGACCUUUUGUGGCUUACCCUCCUUGUGGAGGGCAUCAGUGAUCAUCUUCUGGACAACAGUCAAGUCAGCAGUCUUCCCCAUGAUUGUGGUUGUGUGUACUGAACUAGACCGAGAGAUACACUGUGUUCAUACUGUUUUACUCAAACUCGAAAUGAAAUAUUCUAAUAUUUUGAGAUGUUUUUUUGUUUUUUUACUGUAUGCCAUACUGAUUAAAAUUAAAAUAGAAACAUGCUUGAAACAUUUUAGUUUGUGUAAUGAGUCUAUAAUAUAUAACAUUUUCACUUUCUUAAAUAACUGAUGGAAAAUAUUGAACUUUUUCACAAUAUUCUAAUUUUCUGAGAUGCACUAGUAUAUGUGCGAUUUGAGACACAACAUAAUGCUCUGGAAAGGAUUAAGAGACCACUGCAAAAUUAUCAGUUUAUCUGUUUUUACUAUUUUUAGGUAUGUGGUUGAGGAACACGAACAGUUUUUUGUUUUAUCCCAUAAAGUAGUGAAAAGAUUUCCCCCAAAUUCCACAUAAAAAUAUUGUCAUUUAGAGCACUUAAUUGCAGAAAAUGACAACCGGUCAAAAUAACAACAACAAAAAAAAGCUGAAGUGUUUUCAGAUCAAGAUCGUAUUCAAUUUUAAACAGGGAUCCCAGACGUCUGCUAUUUAGCAGAAUUCCGCUAUUUUUCUAGCCAAAGUGGUGGUGGUUUUUUUUUUUUAAAAUCUCUUGUAUAUCCGUUAAAAAUACGUUUAAGUAAAAUGACCAGCAGAAUACGUUCUGAUUUGGUUUGCUUGUUUAGCGAUGUUUUUGUCAGCUUCGUUUGUUCUCGUUGACAUUCGGGAACACUCGGAAGUUAAAUUGAUGUAAAUACCGCGAGACUGUACGCGAUAGAAUGAGAAAACAAUAUGACUGCGCCCAUUUGCUAGAAAAUGUGUUUUAACUCCGUUUGUGCUUUUGUUUCUAAUGCGUUGAACUUAAUUCAAUAUGCAGGGCUGUGAAAUUUCCGCGGAUUCUGUCGCGAAAAAUAUCAUCUUCACAUUCUAUUUUUGCAUUAAAAAUCAUUGGGGGGUCUAGUCGGUUUUAAUCGCCUUGCACGAGACCGGCGGCUCAGCCGGACUUGCGGAGUUUUAUGCCAGCUGAGCGUGGAACACGUCUUGACUGCGACUCAGGAGCAGUGUUGCCAGAUUGGGCGGUUUCAAGUGCAUUUUGGUGGGUUUUGAACAUAUUUUGGGCUGCAAGAUCAGACAUAGUUAAGAUGCCAUCAAAAAGGAAAGCUAAGGAGGUGUUUGAGAGAGAUGCAAAGAGGGCUAGAAAAGAACACACAGACAGACUGAAGGAAAAGAUGAAAAAUAAGUUUGCAAAACAAAGAGAUGGUGUUAAAGAAAAGAAAAUUAAAAGACUUUCAUUAAAUGCUGUUUGACAGACUAUGAACAUUUUGUAAAUAGCUUUAAUAGAGGAAUGCAAAUACUAUAGAACUAAUAACUAAUAGCCUUACUGAAAGAUGAAUUGAAAGAAAUAGCUGGGAGUGAUGCAAAGAGGAAUAGAAGGAGCCAGAAGUAAAAGAAAAGAUGUAAAUAAUAGAAAUAUUAGGUUUUUUUUUUUAAACUUUUGCUCUGUAGACAAGAGACAUUGUGACAGAUUCUUGGAAAAAGCCAGGACAUAAUACAAGAAUUAAGUGUAAUUUGGAAGACAACAGGUAUCUCUCACUUAAAUAUUGAGCAUGAUUUUUCACAAAGUCAUUUUGAAAGGCCCAUCAAAGUUUUCUUUUAUUAACAUUUCUUUAAAUUGUUAUUUACACUUUUUUUUUUUACUUUUAUUUUGAUUGAUUAAGAGAUAAAAUACAUAGGCACUUAUUAGAUAUUUCAAGGUAUUUUACAUGGAUCUUUCAUUUUAAAAGAGAAAACUGUUGAUAGGUAUUUUAUAUGGCAAAACGAAGACCAAGACAAAUAUUUACUUGUUGAAAUCAAUUUUUUACUUGCAGGAAAUGCUCAGAAUACACCAUAUAACACCUAAAAUGGAACUUGGGAUGAGUUCAGAAAUCAAUAUUUGGUGGAAUAACCCUGACAUUUCAUCAGCUUUCAUACGUCUUUCACGUUACUCUUGGGUGACUGUCACUCCUGGCACAAAAAUUCAACCAGCUCAGCUUUGUUUGAUGACUUGUGACCAUCCAUCGUCCUCUUGAUCACGUGCCAGAGGUUUUCUAGCACUGUUUUUGCUCUCCAAACUGGUCUUAUUGAAAGAGGAUAGUGAUGACCACAGCAGUGGUUUUUAUACUUUUCCUCAUUAAAUAAGAUUUGGUUCAGAUGAUCACCUCGUCAUUAAGUAAGUGCGCUUGGGUUGGAAUUCCAGCACAGACACUGGAAUGAAACGUCUAUAGUAUAUAGAGUUUCUGAUUUAAGAAAAAAAAUUAAAGUGGUCUCUUGAUUCCCCCCCCCCAGAGCUGUAUGCCUUGCACUUUAACCUUAGUGCACUUUUAUCAUCUAGCAACCAAAGAAUUUUGCUUGCACUAACAUCUGAUUAUAUAAAAGGUGUGUAGUGGCUAUUUGAUGCCUUUAUGAAAUUAUGCAAUCAUUACUGAGUGAUGCUUUAUUGUGCAGCUAUUAUUAAAAAAAAACCUAAAGAACCAAAGAGUGAGCAUUAUGUUCAUCAAGAUGUUGUGCACUGUACUGAUAAUAAAUAUUUUAAAAAAUGCAAA